AUGCUGGUUAUCACAGUCCUGCUGGCUGUCUUUGGCCUUGCCAGAUGUCAGGAAUUACCAACAUAUGACCUGUUGGAAGAGUUUGGCUUGUCCGAGUCUAGAGGGGUGAGAAGGGUCAAUGGGUCUGAGCCUGACGCGGUGGCGUACCGUGUUAACCCGUCUCUCCACCUCAAGAAGAGCACGAGCAACAUCUACCCGGGCGGUCUGCCAUCUGACUACUCUGUCAUCGCCACCUUUAAAGUGCCCAAAGACACUGCUAAAACAUCCUGGAAUCUGUGGCAAGUCAGUGAUCCUGAAGGCCGGGACCAGGUGGGCCUUCGUUUUCAGGGCGACACUAAAACCCUGGACUUCUUCUACACCAGCCCGCAAGGCACACAGAUGCUGCGGACCUUUCAGAGGGUGAAAAAACUCUUUGACGGUGAGUGGCACAAGCUGGCAUUGAGUGUAAAAGGAGAGCAGGUGAAGCUGCUGGUGGACUGUGAGGAGGUCAGCGUGGAGCCUCUGGAUGAGCCGCGGCCUGUGAUCCGUCAAGGUUUUACCUCCAUCGUCAAGAGGGCAGUAGGUGACCGCUCUGUUUCGCUGGAUCUGCAAAAGAUGGAGGUCUCCUGCGAUGCUGAUCAAGCUUACUCUGAAGGCUGCUGUGAACUCUCCAGUGUGUGCGGAGGAUAUGCUGAGAUUGGUUUAACUGCAGGAAGAGGAAGAGCCACUUGUAAAUGCGUACACGGACAGCCGGGUGUCCAGGGACGCCCAGGACCCAAGGGUCACAGAGGCCUGCCAGGAAAUCCGGGAGAUCCAGGCAGAGUGGGAAACUGGGGGAUUGUGGGAGAUCCCGGUGAACGAGGAACACCUGGAGAAAAGGGAAAGCUAGGUAUUCAAGGCCCAAAAGGAAAUGUUGGUGGGAUCGGGGAAAAGGGUAUAGUUGGUGAUCCAGGUUUGCUAGGGCGAGAUGGAGAUACUGGGAUUGAGGCUUAUCAAGGACCACAGGGACCUGAGGGAAGACAUGGACAAGUUGGUGAAAGGGGUGAAAAAGGCGAACAAGGGCCUUCGGGGGAAAUGGGCCCUCCUGGACUAACAGGGCCGCAAGGUUACAAGGGCUCUGCUGCAAAGCCAGGAAGACCAGGAUUUAUUGGGCCCCCUGGAAGAACGGGGCACAUGGGAAUACCCGGCAGACCAGGCCCCAAGGGUGACACUGGCAUUCCAGGGGUCCAGGGAAGCAAAGGGGAGAAGGGUGCAAAGGGAGUCAAAGGACCUAAAGGCAGGGCAGGAGACGCCGGUGUGCCAGGGCAACAGGGAAGUAGAGGAAAGCGAGGCCCUGCUGGAGAAUCGGGUAGAAAAGGCCCUGUAGGCUCCAAGGGAGUGAGGGGAGACGGUGGUCCAGUGGGCUUUCAGGGCCCACCGGGCCCACCAGGCCCCACUCUUCCUGCUCAACAUGUUAUCGAGGUCUGCAAGAGGGUGGUGCUGGAGCAGAUGUCCACAUUCGCCAACUCCGUGAAAAGGACUUGUGCAGCUGUGUGCCCGCUCUAUGGAGACGUGCCAAUGGGCGCUCCAGGUCCCCCAGGACCAAAAGGACCACCUGGACCUCUAGGUGAUUCUGGCAUUGAUGGCCUUAAGGGAGAAAUCGGGCAGCCCGGAUUCUACGGAGAAUCUGGUGACCAAGGAAGACAGGGCUCAACAGGUGACAGGGGAGAACCAGGAGACAAGGGAGCUAAAGGCUAUGGCCUUCCUGGCCACAUUGGGGAGCAGGGACCAAAGGGUCAGCGUGGGCGACCUGGCCGGGCAUUUGAUGGGCAACAAGGUCAGAUGGGUGAGAGAGGCCAUGCUGGCCAGCCUGGUUUGAGAGGCCAUCCUGGACUACGUGGAGUUCCUGGAGUCUGUCUGACAUCUGGGUGUGCCUUACUCAAUGCUACUUCUAAUGCACAACCACGACAAGCACCUCAACAAACACCCCAACGUUCACCUCAACGGGCAUCUCAGAGGUCUAGAGGACGCCAAUGAAAGCACCCUCGAAGGUCAGACAGUGACGUGUGUAUAGUAUUAU